GACAUUUCAGUACUUUGGUUUUGGUAAUUACUAGUUGCUCCUGUAUUUUCUGAGCUGCAGUAUUAUAGACUAUUUUAGUUGUCUAUCAUAAAAUUACAUUAAUUUUUAUUAACAAUUAACAAUUGACAAUAAUAAUUAUUAAAUAACUGUAUCAAUAGUGUUAUUAAUAAUAAUUAACUAUUAAGUAGAUAAUUCAAUUUAUUGUCCAAGGUCUUAAUGUUUUCAACAUGUUUGCCUUGAUGUUUAUUUUGCCGGUUUUGAAAUAAUGUUAUUCCACUGUUGUCAAAACUCCUGCUGUUUAUUGACUUUUUGAAUUUUGUUUUACAUCUAAAAAAAAUUGUAUGAGGAAUAUUGCUGACUGAUAAUAAUAUUAUUCUAUUCAUAUUUAAAUUAAAAUUUAAUUACUUCAACGUACUAGACCAUGUCUAUAGAAAAAGAAGAAUGUGAAUUGGAACAACUGGUAUCUUCUGACGAAGAACCCAAACCAACAGAUAUUACACAAGUUACACCUCCAAUAACACCCAAGCCUCCUCCAAGAGCACAUUCCCACUCAGACAGCCGAACUAAGACUAGCAACAUAAGCGAAAAGUCACUUUCUAUUGAAAGUCAAAAGAAUGAAUGCCAUAAAUCUACAGCCAGGUUGUCAAGUAAUUCAUCCAUACAAGAUAAACCACAAGUUCAACCAUCCAGCACAAGUGGUACGACUCGCCUGAUGUGUGUUAACGAAAGAGUGGGACGCAGUUCUUUACAUGACUAUAAACCACCACGUCCGCCACCUCCAAAUUUUAGCAAAUUGCAAAAUAAAAAAGUACUUUCUGAACAAACUAUGGAUAGAAGUUGCCUACAUCAUUGUUUUUUGUCAGAUGUGACCGAUGUCAGACAAAUGGAGCAAGCCCUACAGCAACUACUUGAAGAUUUUCAUUCUGGAAAAUUACGUGCAUUUGGUAAGGAUUGCAGUAUGGAACAAAUGACGGCUAUUCGUGAGCAACAAGAGCAUUUAGCAUGGUUACAUUUUGAACUUGGUGUAAGACAAGACGGUUCAAAUCCGCUCAGCGAACAAGGCAUUGCCAAAGGUACAGAGAACAUGCACUCAUUAAUGGCUAGCCUUGAACAACUAUCUUUAUCCAUUGAGAAAUUACAUUCAUUCAGUAAUUCUACAUCUGAUUAAAAUUUAAAGCACAACAUGUACAGUAAACAACUGACUUUUAUUGGUACUAGGGAUCAUUGACUAUAUAAUGAAUGGGAUUGUACAAAAAAAAAUAAUACUAUUGCUCAUUUAUUCAUUCCAUGAAAAAUUUUAUCAAUUAUUAAUGUUUUUUUUCUUGUUAAGUUAUUAAAUAAAUAUAGUGAAUUUUUAUGUUCGACUAAA